ACGUAACAAGUUUUGCGGACGAUACUGGGAGGAACCAGUUUUUAAAAUGCCCGUGGCAACAUCCAGCUCUGAUUCUGUUAACCACCAUGGGGAAGCCUGGAGGAAAAUCAUUCUGCCUCCUUCUCUUCCUCCUCCUAGAGAAAGCAUCGUACUUCCCUCCCUCUUUCUUCCCCACUCCCCCCCCCCCCCAUCCUUUUCUCAUACACACAAACCUCUCUCGUCUCCAUUCAUUCAUGCGGAGGAGAAGACGCUCAGCCAGGCAUAGCUUAUACACAUUUACGUCAAGAGCAGGUGGAGAGGGAGGAAAUAGCGAGGAGCUGUUUGGCAGAAAGAGGAGAGAAUCAGGGACGGAUAGGGAGAGAGGGAGGAAGAUCUCUCAGUCUGCCUCAGAUACAGUAUUGGGUGUGUUGCUGUGAGUGUGUGCACUGUGGUGAGGUGUUGUUCACCAUGGCUGGCAGCCUGUUUGGAAGGCUCUCCCUGGAGGAUGGGGACUCAGCCAACUCCCUGGAGGGCCUGGAAAUCAAGCUGGGGGGAGAAGCCAUGCAUCAGGCCUUGGACACGCUGAGUGACAGCACAAGCUCCACAACUGCUAAUGACCUGGACCUCAUCUUCCUCAAAGGCAUCAUGGAGAGCCCAGUGGCUCAUGAGCGGUUUGAGGAACCCAAGCUGGAGGCUGUGAGGGAGAACAAUGUGGAGCUGGUCCAGGACAUCCUCAAGGAACUCGGCCCACUCGCAAACAGGAGCCAAGCAGCCGAGGAGCUGGUCCGCAUCCUGAAGGAGCCCCACUUCCAGUCCCUCCUGGAGACUCAUGAUUCUGUGGCGUCCAAAAACUAUGAGACUCCUCCCCCUAGCCCCUGUUCCUUCAUGGACGCAGCCCUCAACAACCAGCCUGUGCCCCCCGACGCAGUCAGGAUGGUGGGCAUCCGUAAGGUGUCUGGUGAGCACCUGGGAGUGACCUUUCGAGUGGAAAAUGGUGAGCUAGUGAUUGCCAGGAUCCUCCAUGGUGGCAUGAUUGACCAGCAAGGUCUGCUCCACGUGGGUGACAUCAUCAAGGAGGUGAAUGGCAAGGAGGUGGGCAACGACCCCAAAGUGCUUCAGGAGAUGCUGAAGGAGGCGAGCGGUAGUGUGGUGCUGAAGAUCCUGCCCAGCUACCAGGAGCCACACACACCAAGACAGGCCUUUGUAAAGUGUCACUUUGACUACGACCCGUCCCAUGAUAACCUGAUUCCCUGUAAGGAGGCAGGGCUUAGCUUCAACAGUGGAGACAUUCUGCAGAUUUUCAAUCAAGAGGACCUCAACUGGUGGCAGGCCUGUCACAUAGAAGGAGGCAGUGCAGGUUUAAUUCCAAGCCAGCUCCUUGAGGAGAAGAGGAAAGCGUUUGUGAAGAGAGAUCUGGAGCUCGCUACCACAGGUCCUCUGUGUGCUGGGAUGGGUGGCAAGAAGAAAAAAAAGAUGAUGUAUUUGACCACCAAGAAUGCAGAAUUUGAUCGUCACGAGCUGCGGAUCUAUGAAGAGGUUGCCAAAGUCCCACCCUUCAAGAGGAAGACGCUGGUUCUGAUUGGUGCACAGGGGGUCGGACGUCGCAGUCUGAAGAACAAGCUGCUGGUGUCAGAUCCCCAGCGGUAUGGCACCACCAUCCCCUUCACCUCCAGGAAACCAAAGUUGGAUGAGAGGGAUGGUCAGAUGUAUUCAUUCAUGACCCGCAGCGAAAUGGAGUGUGACAUCAAAAAUGGCCGAUUCUUGGAGCAUGGCGAGUAUGACGGGAACCUGUAUGGCACAAAGAUCAACUCCAUACAUGAGGUGAUAGAGACAGGAAAGAUCUGCAUCCUGGACGUCAACCCACAGGCUCUCAAAGUGCUGCGGACGUCAGAGUUCCUGCCCUAUGUUGUGUUCAUUGAAGCCCCAGAUUUUGAGGUUCUCAAAGCCAUGAACAGGUCAGCAAUUGAGUCAGGAGUGGUCACAAAACAGUUAACGGACUCUGAACUCAAGAGGACGGUGGACGAGAGUGAGCGCAUCAAAAGAGCAUACGGACAUUACUUUGACCUCUGCAUCGUGAACGACGGCCUGGAGGCGGCUUUCCGAAGCCUACGAUUGGCAUUGGAGAAACUGUUAACAGAGCAGCAGUGGGUGCCUGUCAGCUGGGUCUUCUGAAAGUCAGCAAGAGCCCACAGGCCGAAGGUUGGAGGACGUUUUAACACUCAUAGCUCCAGAGGGGCUGACUCUAGGCAGUCAACGGCGGUGGAGGUCUGUAGUGAAGGGCCGAGCGUCAUGAUACCGUGCAAAUGACCAGCCUCAUGUAGAGCGUUUUUGUACAAACUUAGUGUUCCUCCGUUGACCUUAAUGUCAAGUUGCAUUUUAUUUGUCAGGAUUGGGAUCAUUCUAUUGAUAUUUGUUGAGAAGGCUUUAGAGUUGAUUAAGAGGUUUAGUGCAAUAGUGUGAGUGAGCGUGCGUAUGUUAUCAUAAAUGUGGAAAUAGACUUAGAGUAAUGCGUAUGUUUUUUGCGGAUACAGUGCUCUGUUGAAGGUUUUUGUUGAAAGGAUAUUAAACUUUUUAGCCUUUCCAAAAUCUUAAAUACUUUACGUAGAGUAAUGUUUACAUUGGAUUGGUAAGACAGAUUGGUUAAGGAAAGAUACCAAAUGUCAUAUUUGUAUUCAUUUCUAUAUAUUUUACCAUUUGAUCAUAUAGUAUGACUGUAUGUGUUCAGAAAUGUGCUUUAUCUUGUAUGUCACCACUGAUGAAAAUGAACAGCAAUAGAUCAUUUUGAAAAGAAACAUACUGUACACGCAAUACAUCACACACACACACACACACACACACACACACACACUGAUAUAUACAUAAAACACAGUAAGACCAGUGGAAAACUCUUUUAUUGAGACAUUUUUGAUUAAUCUCGCAGUGCAUAUUUAGUCUCAACUUGUUUUGUUUCUUUUUUAAUGUUGAUUACAUUGUACAUUUCUAGUCCUUUGCUGGUAAAGCUUCUGGUUUGUUUGAUAGUGAGAAUCCAGUGAACGACUACUGCCUGCUUGAUUCUGUUGGAGUUUUAUUUGUAGCACUGAGAACACUUAAACCCUAGUAAAAAAACUGAAGAAGUAGCCUACAGUAUGCACUGACUGUAUAAUGAAGGCAAACAUAUUACUUAACAUUACAGGUUCAACAGUUGACAGUAAUAAUCACAUUUCUUCUGUUAUUUUUGAAGUACAAACAGUUAAAUAUCAGUGGCUUCUUAUUCAUACUUACUUUUUGCCUUAACAUGGUUCAAAAGCCAAGGAAACACUAUUUUUUCAUCAUUGACAAUUUCACUCCUAUCACUACAUGUUCCUUCUUAGAAAAUAGAAACAAAUAAUACUGGCAACUUAUUUAAUAUUUAUUUUAUUUUCCCUGAAACUUGUAAGUACUGUAUUGUAAUAAAGAGUAUAUAGUAUAUCAUAGAAGAAACACUAGGUGCUUUGAUGAUUCUGCUGGUGUGUAGAUGCAGUUUGGACAACUACACUGUAGUUUUGAUGUUCAUAUAAAAAUGUAUUAGAAUCAAAAAUGUUGAGAUGAUUGUUUCACGGUCUACGGUUAAUGUGAUUGAAAAUACAUUUUUUAAAUUAAAAUCGCAA